UUUGACCUUUGACAUAUAAGGACUUGUCGGCACGGCAACGGCUGACGUCUGCCGUUCUAAAAACAGACAAAGGGUCGUCACAUGCUGCUCACAGGCCCACGACACCACGACACCACGACACUCGUCCUGCUGCUGCUGCUUCCUUUUCUUUGCUUUCUUCUUCUCCGGGACAUCUCUCUCUCCUCCCCCGUCCUGUCCAGGUGUCUCCAGGUGUCUCCCCCUCCUCCCCCUCGUCGUCAUGGAGAGUCUGGAGAAGCAGCUCGUGUGCCCCAUCUGUCUGGAGGUGUUCACCAAGCCCGUGGUCAUCCUGCCCUGUCAACACAACCUCUGCCGCAAGUGUGCCAACGACGUGUUCCAGGCGUCCAACCCCUACCUGUCGACGAGGAGCGGCUCCACGCUGACGUCCGGCGGUCGGUUCCGCUGCCCGUCCUGUCGACACGAGGUCGUCCUGGACCGACACGGAGUGUACGGACUCCAGAGGAACCUGCUGGUGGAGAACAUCAUCGACAUGUACAGACAGGGAGGAACCAGCACUAACCCGUCUGUGGAGGUGAAGGUGGACCAUCCGAUGUGUGAUCACCAUGGAGACGAGAGGAUCAACAUCUACUGUCUGAGCUGCAGCGUUCCGACGUGUUCGAUGUGCAAAGUGUUCGGAGCUCACAGAGACUGUGAGGUGGCGCCGCUGGACGCCGUGUUCACCACGCAGAAGGCGGAGUUGACUGACUGUAUCUCGAUGCUCGUUGGGAACAAUGAAAGGAUUCAGGCGAUCAUCAGUCACCUGGAGGAAACGUGCAGAGCUGUCAACGAGAACGGCGGCAGACAGAAGUCGAAGGUGUGCGAGACGUUCGAUCACCUGUUCGCCGUCCUGGAGGAGAAGAAAGGUGAGAUGACUCUGAGGAUCAGCACGGAGCAGGAAGAGAAGCUGGACUACGUCCGAGGUCUGAGGAGGAAGUACAGCGAGCAUGUGGAGAACGCCGCCAAGCUGCUGGAGACCGCCAUCCAGACCCUGGACGAGUCGGAGAUGGCCUUGUUCCUGCAGGUGACCAAACCUCUGCUGCAGAAGAUAGUGGAAGGAACUGACACGUCUCACCUCGACCAACUGCAACACGGAUACGAGGACAUGGGUCACUUCACUGCCGACAUCGAGCGUCAGAGACAAGCGCUGGCCACGGUCGACUUCAUCAGAGCUGAUGCAGACGACAAUGAUGAUGAUGAUGAAGAUGAGGUGGAGGUCAGAGCGACGUCAGCAGGAAGUCGAGCUGAGUCGCAGCCUGCAGCCAAUCAGCAGCCUCCUGUGUCACCUGCUCAGCCCUCAGCCCUGCCCCCUCACAGACCCUCAGAGACUGCGCCUUCCAUGACAUCACAUAUGAAAAGCCCCGCCCCCUCAUCACCCAACCAGACCACACCCUCCACGCCCCUCCCCACGCCCAGCCCCGCAGCCCAGUUAUUGCUGCAGGUUCAGUCUGACGAGCAGAAUGAUUUGGACGACAGAGACGGACCCAAACACGUCUUCUCCUUCAGCUGGCUCAACCAGAAGUAAAUAGCACCGGACCAGACCCUGUUCUGGACGGGACCCAGACCAGAACGGGACCCUGUUCAGGACCGGACCCUGUUCAGGACCGGACCCAGUCAGGACCGGACCCUGUUCAGGACCGGACCAACUCGGGCUCUGUGCAGACAGAUGGAUCAGAGAGUCGACUCUGAUAAAGAAAAACAUUUUGAAUAAUUUUGUUUCUAUUUGUUUUAUCAUGAAGAUUCUGGUUCAGCUGAUUUUCCCAGUACCCAAUACAUAUAUAUAUAUAUAUAUAUAUGGGUGUGUAUGUGUAUUUUUUUUUCCAUUGAUGACUGGCCAUGUAAUCCUCGAUAAUUGGAAGAUACUCUCAUGUUACGCCUGCUCCUCCUGAUGACCACCUUCAAAAAUGGAUCGACUCAAAAACAAAUUUGUACAUAAGAAAAUACAUCAAAAAUGGUAUUAAAUAUAAGAGUACAGUGUUAAUACAUAUUUAUAUUUAUCAAACCUCAAAAACAACAACAACCCUCUCAUCCCUCACUCAGUCACGUGUCUGAUAGUUUUCAUGAAUUAUUCUGUGAAAUCAGUGAACAUGAGAGAAGAGAUCAGACAUUCCUGGCUCCGCCCCCUUUGUCCAAGUUAUAUUUGGAAAUAUAAAAAGAUUCUCACACAACAAAGGAUCCAGAUAUUAGACAAACAUCAAACAUCCAGAUGAAACUGGAUUCGUCCUCUGUUUCUUUUAUUCUUUAAUAAUAAAGUCGUUGAAAUGUCACAUUUA